AUGAGCACCCGUCUCAUAAUCCCCGCUAACUUUUCCUACGAUGAUCCUCUGCCAUUCACUUGUAACCAAGAUUCGCAUGUGAUGCUUUCCAUAUUGGAGUAUUUGGUUCAGGCGACCUAUCUAUCUGUCAGUGCCGUAUUGAAUUCCAUGAUAGUUUAUACAAUAUUCAGGUGUAAGGGAAAGCAUUCGUAUCGGCGGAACCCGUUUUUUGUGUUGUACGCCGCGGAGGCAGUAAUGAACGUCUACUCCUGCGUCAUAGAAGUCCUUUUCGGUCGUCUCAUUAUCUACAUGACACCCCUCUGUCCGGCCCUGAGCCCUUUUUUCUUCACACCAUCAAUCCUUACCAAACUCUACUUCCUCCUAAACCAUUACUGUCUGGCGUUCAAGACCCUGUCUCAAAUCGCGAUCAGCUUCAAUCGAAUGACCUGUGUCAUAUUCCCGGUGCACCAUUUCAAGCUCUGGCAGAAUAUUUUGGCUCCGGUGCUUGUCAGUCUUUUCGUACUUCCUCUAGGCGUCACCUGGAAUAUUUUGGUGUCCAGGGUGUAUGUGAACCCGAAUGGCGCGGGGUUUUCAGUCAAUUACCGGGAUGCGGUGGCAUGGGCGAAUAUUUCAUUUUUGCAUCUUUUUCAUUGCAUCCCGUGUCUUUUCCUGAUGAUCGUGUUCUUUUUGGCGUCGAUUUUUGGAUUGACAAUGCUGGAAAAUCGGCUGAGGAGUGCUGAGAGGUCGCUGAUCAUUUUUACAAUGACGCUUGGUGUGGAGACUAUGCUGUUCGCUAUUGCUCAGAUCUAUUUCGCAUUCCUUGCUGGCUACCUACCUGGGAUCCGUCCGUUGAUGCUUCUCAUCUCAUUCAACGUGUUUGACGUUCUCUACGUCUACAGCCCGAUCGCAUUGAUCCUGAUGAAUCGGCAGUUGCGAAGGGAUAUUUUCCAUCUGAAAGGUGACGAUCCUGGAUUCCUCUCCGCAUCUUCUCAUAAUCAACCUGCAGCUCGUGUAAUGGCUCCUGUCAUGCAUUAAUGUCAUGGUGCAUCGUUAAAGCAAUUAUGCAAAAUAAAAGCAAAAAAAUUUAUACAUUGAACGUUGUCAAAAUGCAGAUUACGUCACUUGAGGAUUAUCAGUUUCUUGAGCGAUUCCCUUUUUUAGAAGAUCUAGCAAUUUCCAAUGCCCCCAGUGCUCCAGUUCUUAAAUUCAUUCUUACUCGGAGCUUCAACAGACUGGAACUUCACAGGAUUAAAGUUACACUGAACGUUAUACUAAUCUCAAAUAGUUCAGUUUUCUCUAUACAACACCACCUAAUUUCCGACGAAGACAUCAAUAUUUUUAUGAAACAUUGGAUCAAAGGAUCCCAUCCUCAUUUGCAAGAACUCCAAAUCACUUUUUC